AUGGCUACCGUUUUCGAUCUCAAGCAAACCUGUGCGAGCCUCGAGGCUCUUGGUUGCCCUCAACAUAACCAGAUUAUCAUCCUGCAGACUAAGGCAUACAGUGAUCCUGGCAAGCUACUCACUGGGCAUGAUCUCUCUGUUUACAAGGAGAAGAGAGCCCUGUUGGCAGUGAUUAAGAACUACUAA